CGCCGCUAUGGAAUAGCUGGAGCAGGACGGGCCCGGGGCGAGGGACGGAGCCGGUGUGACAGGCGGCCCGCGGGGCAGCCGCGGCAGCUUCCCGAGGGCUCAGGAACCGCGGAGCCGCUGCCUGUAAACCCCGCUUCCUCCCGACUGCCCUGCGGGGCGGCAGGAUUGGACAUUGGCGUGCAAUUGAGACAAUGGAGUCCAUGCUGAAUAAGUUGAAGAGUACCGUUACAAAGGUAACGGCUGAUGUCACCAGUGCAGUCAUGGGAAACCCUGUUACCAGGGAAUUUGAUGUUGGCCGACAUAUUGCCAGCGGUGGUAAUGGCCUUGCUUGGAAGAUAUUUAAUGGAACUAAAAAAUCAACAAAGCAGGAAGUGGCUGUUUUUGUCUUUGAUAAGAAGCUAAUAGACAAAUAUCAAAAAUUUGAGAAGGAUCAGAUUAUUGACUCUUUAAAACGAGGCGUUCAGCAGCUAACCAGGCUUCGACAUCCUCGACUACUUACUGUUCAACACCCGUUGGAAGAAUCCAGGGAUUGCCUGGCUUUUUGUACAGAACCAGUCUGUGCAAGUUUAGCUAACAUUCUCGGCAGCUGGGACAAUCUACCUUCUCCUUUACCAUCUGACAUUAAAGAAUACCAACUGUAUGAUGUGGAGACCAAAUAUGGUUUGCUUCAGGUUUCUGAAGGCUUGUCAUUUUUGCAUAGCAGUGUGAAAAUGGUCCAUGGAAAUAUAACUCCUGAAAAUAUAAUUUUGAAUAAGAGUGGGGCAUGGAAAAUUAUGGGCUUUGAUUUUUGUAUCCAGUCAACAAAUCCAUCAGACCAGGAGCCAAAGUUCCCUUGUAAGGAAUGGGAUCCAAAUUUACCAUCCUUGUGUCUUCCAAAUCCUGAAUAUCUGGCACCAGAAUAUAUUCUCUCUGUGAGCUGCGAGACAGCCAGUGAUAUGUACUCUCUGGGAGCUGUUAUGUAUGCAGUGUUUAAUAAAGGGAAACCAAUUUUUGAGGUCAACAAGCAGGAUAUUUAUAAAAGCUUUAGUAGACAGCUGGAUCAGCUGAGCCGUUUAAGCGCUGGAACUCUUCAGAAUAUACCAGAGGAGGUGCGUGAACAUGUAAAGCUACUCUUAAAUGUAGCUCCAGCAGUCAGACCGGACGCAGAUCAAAUGACUAAGAUACCAUUCUUCGAUGAUGUAGGAGCAAUGACGCUUCAGUAUUUUGAUUCAUUAUUUCAAAGGGAUAAUCUUCAGAAAUCACAGUUUUUUAAAGGGCUACCAAAAGUUCUGCCAAAACUACCUAAGCGUGUUAUAAUUCAGCGAAUUUUGCCUUGCUUGACUUCUGAAUUUGUGAAUCCUGAUAUGGUACCCUUUGUCUUGCCUAACGUUCUCCUAAUUGCUGAGGAAUGCACCAAAGAAGAAUAUAUUAAGCUUAUUCUGCCAGAUCUUGGUCCUGUUUUUAAGCAGCAAGAACCAAUCCAGAUCUUGUUGAUCUUCCUGCAAAAAAUGGACUUGCUUCUAACCAAAACUCCACCCGAUGAAAUAAAGAACAGUGUUCUGCCGAUGGUUUAUAGAGCCUUGGAAGCACCUUCAAUUCAGAUCCAGGAGCUUUGCCUAAACAUAAUUCCCACAUUUGCCAAUUUAAUAGAUUACCCAUCAAUGAAAAAUUCAUUAAUUCCAAGAAUUAAAAAUGCAUGUUUGCAAACUUCUUCUCUUGCUGUCCGGGUAAACUCACUAGUGUGCUUAGGCAAGAUUUUGGAGUACUUGGAUAAAUGGUUUGUGCUUGAUGAUAUUUUACCUUUUCUACAACAAAUUCCAUCCAAGGAACCUGCAGUGCUAAUGGGGAUUUUGGGUAUUUACAAAUGUACGUUUACUCAUAAGAAGCUGGGAAUUACCAAAGAACAGCUUGCAGGAAAAGUAUUGCCCCAUCUGAUUCCUCUUAGUAUUGAGAACAAUCUUAAUCUCAAUCAGUUCAAUUCUUUUAUUUGUGUUAUAAAAGAUAUGCUUAAUAGAUUGGAGGCAGAGCAUAAAACAAAGCUUGAGCAACUUCAUGUCAUGCAAGAGCAACAGAAAUCUUUGGAUAUAGCUAACCAAAUGAGUGUGUCUGAAGAGGCAAGAUCUAGUAGUACAAGUAAUCAGAUUGACAAGGUAUUUAAUACGAGUGGAACUGACCUUCUAACUAGUGAAUCUGAUAGUAAAGAAAAUGAGAUGUCAUCAAAACAGAAAAAGGCAUCACUUACACUUGAAGAGAAGCAAAGGUUAGCUAAAGAGCAAGAACAGGCACAGAAACUGAAAAGCCAGCAACCUCUUAAGCCACAAGCAACUGUAAUAACACCUCCAGUGCAGCAGACAAAAGACUUGACAGAUACCUUGAUAGAUAAGAUGUCAUCUUUGACUAGCCAUUCUAUCAACAAAGCUAACGUGGCAUCUUCAAGCAGCUUCUCUUCUGUCCCGUCUAUGGGCGUUGGGAUGGGAUUUUCAUCACCUAUUGACAAUACAAAAAGAAAUGUAACAAACGGACUAAAUACUAAUAUGGGUUUCCAGACUGCUGGAUUUAGUAUGGGAGCUGGUCCCACCACUCAGAAUUUUUUCACUGGUCCAAGUGCAACGGCAACAACCAAGAUGAACUUUGUACCGACUGCCAGUAUGCCAAAUUACAGUCCUAUGAAUGCUGCAUCUGCAAUCUCCCCACUGACACAACAGAACAGACCCCCAGAUAUGUCUGCUUUGGAUAACCUUUUUGGUCCUCAGAAACCCAAAGUUAGCAUGAAACAGAUGGCUCAACAGAAAUCAAGCCAGUGGGUUAAUCAGUUUGUACCCCCGCCGGGGUCCCCAAGUGCGAGCAGUUCGGUCUUGGGACCUCCAAUGAACAUGAUAGGACAGCCUGGCUUUGGUAUACAGGGUAAUCCUUUCUUUUCUCCUCAGAACUUUGCACAACCAGCAAACACAAUGACAAACAGCAGCUCAGCUAGUAAUGAUUUAAAAGAUCUUUUUGGGUAAGAUGUUUUGUUUUCUUCUUUCAAAGGUCGAUGAGAUUUGGAUUAUGGGUAAGCAGAUUAACAUCUUUUUUUGACUAGUAAAAGCAUGACUUGGAGAAACUUUCAACCCAGCAAAGUAAAGGCUUUUGCACUGGAAAAAAGGCUUCAUUUUGCAUUCACCUGGUACUGCAGUGGAAUUGCAUAAGUGCAAAGUCACCUUAUGUGCUAAGGAUUUCCUGUCUCUUUACCAAACUUCAGAGCACUGAAGAUAGGACGUGUAUAUUCAGACGAAGAAAGAAGCAGCUAAGGAUUGAGUAAGCUUCUGAAUAAUUUUGAAAUAAACUCCUAUGAAGUUUCAUACAAAGUUUUGUUUCUUAAAUUCAGCAAAAGUGCUUAGGGGGUAAUAACACUUGUGAAUGCAAUCCUUCAGCCCAGUCCUUUCAGUGUCUGCUAGUUCUUACUCAUGAUUUGUUCCCUGAAUUUGGCACAAACUGUCAUUUUGCCAUAUGACAGUUUGCAGAAAGUGCAGCCUUGUGCUGCCUCAAAAAGUUUUGUUAGCCAUGUUACGUAGAAAGAUCUCUAACCAGUAAAAGUGCAAGAGGCUAAGAAGAGAAACUAUCUUGUAUUUCUUCUCUUGUAAGAUGAUUAAAAUUAAUAUAGUAGUAAUUACAGAAAAAUUCAGGAAACAUGAGAAGUUCUUAUAAAGUUUUGUGCAGGUGUGUAACAGUAAGAACACUGCCUCAAUGGCCAUGCUGGUCUACAAACUGUUUUAUAAUGCCAGAGCCUUGUUACUAGCCAUGUAGGAAAAGCAACAUACCAAUUAAACAGCAUUUUAAACUCCAUGUAGUGACAUGAUCACAUUUAUAAUGUAUUCCAGCCUUUUGGCUACUUUGAUACUGUUCCUAAGUGAUGUGAUAAAAGAAUAUGAAUAGUUACAGAACCUCCUAAAAACAAUGUUCUCUGUAAAAUUCAAAUGUUGACUGCUCCAACUGUGUAAAUAAGUAAUUUUGUGCAAUUAGACACACAAUAUUUAAUUACACAAAAAUAUCUUUAAUUAAUUCAUACAUUUUGGCUCACUUGGGAAGAUGGAAAAGGAUUGCCUUGCACAAGUUGCACAUGAUUGUGAGAAAAAGCAGAAUGCCAUAAAUUGCCUUGACUAGAAUAAACUAUUUAAUUUUAAUUUUCUUUUAACUCAAAUCCUUAUGAAGGACAGGUGAAUAUGAAGCAAGUUCUCAAAUAUGUAAGCUCAAUAAUAUGUGAUAAAUACACAGAUAUUUCAGAAUCUUUUCAUUGUAUUACUCCAAAUUUAAUAAAGGUCUCCAGAAAACCAAACAGUAGUUUCUUCUGCUUCCCAGGAGGUAUGCGUUUAGCUUGCCUGUGAUAGAAUCUCUUGCUCUGUCAGACACUACUGUUGGGUUUAACUUUAUUUCCUAGGAAUUUCAGGAGCUUUCUUGCAUAAUAUUUUGAAGGCUAUAGCUGGCUAUUUUGAGAAGGAAGGAACUAGUCACCUUUUUUAUGGAAAGCUACAUGCUUUAUUUUUCAAAGCCUUUCACUGAAGAAAUUGUUCUUUCAUUUGCUGCUUAAGAAACCAAAGGGCCUUAUGCUGUAAAUGUGACUUGUGUUUUGUUAUAUUUCCACAGUCCUAAGCGGUAAUAGCAUUAAGCAUAUUUCUUGAAGAAUCAUUUAUGUAUUAUAGCUGCUGCCUUAGUCCUGUUAUUUUAAAAUAUCUGGGACCAGUUAAAUUGUGGUUUAGAAAACAAUACCUAACACAUUGUGAUGUGUAUGUGCUGUUAAUAUUCAUGGUAGACAUUGUAGAUUACAUUAAGAUAUCUGUGUAAACUUAAGAACAACAUUGGAACUGUUAAAAGAAAUUAUUUAAGUUCAUUUAUGGUUACUAGUACUCUGUACUUUGACACUAAUGUCUUUUAUGUCAACUUUUGAAAGCUAUGUUUUGUUAGGGUAACUUAAGGCAAGCCUUUGAAGAAUUACUUGAAUUAUAUUCCUCUAAAUUAUCUGGAAAGUAGUUUUAUAUUAAAAAUAACAUCUCUUAGGACUCUACAAUGUAUUAAAUCAAUACAUCUAUGGUAAACGCAGUCUUAAAUGUCAUUGUCCUGAUCUGGAGUUUCAGUCAUUGAUCCCAUUGGACUGAGGGCUUUUUCAGAAUUGGAUUUUAAUUUAACCUAUUGGAAGGAAAAUUAACUGAAAAAAAUUGAUCUGAGUUUUAUAUAGUAGACCUCCUAGGGUAUGUGCUUUUGGCAGGGGUCAUCUGAGAAUACAAUCUAUUUUGUAAGAACAAAGUCAAAAAAAUCAUCUGAGUUCAAAUUAAGAGGACCUUUUCUGUAUAGUAGUAAGAUGAUGGGAUAAGAUCUUUAUCAGACUGAAGUAGUAUGAUUUUUCUUCUUCUUAUAUGUGAGAACAUAAUUAUAAUUUCUGUUGUUUGCUGCAAUUUUCAGAAUGACUAGACUAGAAGAAUAAUAAGAAAAAUAACCUGAAAAGAAUGCUUAUGAAAAUUACAACAUUUUUUCCCAAUUAUUUAAGAUAAAAACAACAAAAAAUAUCCUUAGUUAAAAUGAGAGGGUCAAAUCCCUCUUCCUUGUACGUGCUUCCUGUUUAGUGUGUAGGGAAACUAGGUGUGAGUGAAGUUCUGUAUUUCUUCUCUUAAAGGGAAAAGAAGUUGCAAGAGGUAAGUCACCAAAGCCCACAGGCCACUUGGCUCCUGCUACAGUAAUUUUUCUUUAGGAAGCCUUGUCCAGUUGAUCUCUCCACUUAAAAGUCAUCAUUCUGAGGCCCUGCAAGAGACUGGAAGACUGUGGCCAGGGUGAAUACCACUGAGAGCAACAGUUAUACUUCAUGUCCAAGUUGUUUGGGGAAGUGUAGGAGGAAGGGACAAGGUUACAAAAUGUGGGUAUUUUAGGGGUCUUCUGUUUGUGGACUUGGGUGGAAAGCAGUGUUACAUUUAGCUUGGUCUGAAACAGGGGGACUGUCUAGCCCUAAUGCAAAACAAAAUGGAGAACAUGGAUUUGAAAUUGGUAUCAGAUUAAGAAAUUGCAGAUUCCAUUACAAAAAGAGAAAUUUGAUAUAAAAUAAGUUCUCGCUGCAGUGCUUUGAGUGGUACUGUAAAUUACACAAAAUUUCUGGUCUUUGUAUUCAAUCUAAUUCAAAGAAAAAAAGUGGAAGCCUGGCAGGUUAUAUCAUUACCUUAGAGCCUGCACCCCAUGCACCUACUAUGCUCACACACUGUGAGCAGAUUCCACAGGGGAAAUUAAAGCAGGGUCUGGGCUGAACUGUGCAGCCACCUGCUUUACUUUCAAGUCUUUUGUGAGAGAUGGGUGAAGACUAGAAGGGAGUAAGUUCCUAUUCUUUAAUUGUUUUAUGUAUACUAUGUUUACCACAAAAGGAGAGAAAUGAAGAGAAGUGGAAAUAGCUGCACAUCUUAAUUACAAGCAUCAGUUGUCUUUUGGCUGCUGUGAUGUAUACUAAACUAAUGAUCUUGCACCAGGACAGCAAUCUUUUCCAUAGCAGAACUUGGUUCCGUUUGGUUUAAAGUAUGAAAAUCUCUGAAGCGUUUCUUAGAAAACAAAUUAAUUCUACUACAUGGAAGGACUGUAUUAAAGAGGCUUGAAAAAAACUUUGCUGGGCUGAUGGAAAGGGACCUUGAAACUGAUGAGUUACAAGUUAGCUUAGAAGCCCCUAGAUCUGCCUUCCAAGAGGAGUGGAAAAACACCGAGAAUCAUUUUGAAGAUGGAGCAGGUUUUCUGUUCUUCACACAAGUGUCCGUGAAUAAGGCACAGAAGAGCGUGUGGAACCUGCUUAGGCAGGAGGACAGCAGUACCAGAGGACCCUUGAAAGGUUAAGGAGUAACCAAUUGUUAGGGAGAGAGAGAAAUUUUACUGGGUACAUGGGUAGACUACCCUAGUGUGUUUUAAUGAAGAUGGUAUGUCUUCCUCUCUUAAUGAUGUGAAUUAGAAAUGUCCUGGGGAAGUUGUAGGCUUACAGGUCUGCAAGAUGCUGGGUACCCCAAGUAAAAGAUUGAAUUUUUUGAUGGAUAGGUGCACAACAUUUCAAGCCUUAUUAUUUAAAACUUUCCUUUUCUAUUAAGUUUUAUCUUUUUAGCAACAUAUCUCAGUGGAAAUUUCACAAUACCCCAAUAGCCUUUUAAAGUAAGAAAAAUGUGUGUUCACUUUUGUAUUUUGACUCCUGUUAUAAUGUAAUGUCUGUAGAUAAAUAAGUAAGUCUGUAUAUAUAUAUUAUGUGAUUUUAGAUUUUUCAGCUCAAUUGCACCAAAAAGGCAAAGAUUAAAUGACAAAAUACAUUCUCAAUCAAAUUCCACAAGGCUUCCGGUACAGGCUAACAGUUGUAUGAUAAUUCUGUUAUUUAUUAUAAUUUCACCUGCUCAGUUUGCCUGCAUCUACGUGGCUUGAGCAGAAAAGGAAAGUUUUUUAAACAAAAGUACAUGAACGCUGGAUCUCUCAUCACAGAUGAAGGUUUUGGACGUCAGAGUGACCUUUGCUUAUUGAUUAAGACUUUUUAUUAGAAAUGGGUGGGGGUAUCGUUCAUUUGUGCCAUUUCCAGUGAAAGAAAUAUAGGGAUGGGGAGUAUAGAAAAAAAUACCAUGCUGUAUAUGUGACCCUUUUUUGUUCUUUCUUAAGAGAUAAUGCUGCAUUUUUAUAUACUCAUUAUGAACUUUGAAAUAGCUGUGAGGAAACCUAUCUGGAGAAUUUCACGAGUUAGCUGAUAUUCAAGUGAGGUCCUGCCUUGCACCUAAUUUUCCAUCAGGUUUUGACUGCUUUACAAGGAUAUUACACAAGGCAGUAAAACCUUGGAUUCGUACACCAAACGCUCUUGCCUUCCAGGCCUCACACUUGUAUCAACAGAACAAAUAAGCCCCUGAAGUUGUAUUAAGUUCUCUGAAACAGUUCUAACUGCUGUAUAGAUUUCUGAGAUGCUGUAAAUCAAAAUGUGUUAUAGUGAACUCAGGCCUUGUGCAAAAUACUUAAUACCUGUUUAUUUGUCGAAUUGUACAGUCUCUAUACUAGUGGCAGUUUGUUUUGAUUGUAAAACAUGAAAUUCUCAUGAGAUUAUUUAUAAAGUGAUGUUAAUGUAGUGUCAGCUGUGAUUCAUAAUUAGAAUUGUCAUAGCAUGGCCUUUGUGUAUUUCUGGUUUAUUGGACAGGUCUUCAAAAACAAAUUUAUUCUUGUACCAACUUUUAGAUCAGCUACUUAAAAAAAUAUGUAAAAGGUACAGUGACAGUUUUGAGAAAUUCAUAUCACUUUGUACUGUGAAUGAGAUUGGCUAUGGAAAUAAAUGAACUUUUCAUAUUUUCA